GGACACUCGCACACACAACUCACCCUCACUAGUCCCCCACCAUCAUCUUCACUUCUUUUCUGCCUCACAACUUCACAAAGGCACUCGCUAUCAUCUCUCUCUCUCUCUCUCUCUUUUUCUCUGCUACACAACCUCCCUCACAGCACACAUGCCAUCCUCCCAGCUUCACAAGAUUGUCCUAUAAAAAGCUUCAUAGAUUUGUCAUAUAAAAAGUGUUUCACAAAAUCGAAGUUCAAACUAUCCUUACAAGUUAAAAUCUCCCUAAUAUACAUCCGAUAUGAAACCAUAUCCGUGUGAUCUCAAAAUGACUUACACAUCUAAAUAUGAUCCAUCUAUAUGAUAGUACUUACAAGGAUACCAAAUAUAAUUAUCUUAGGCCCACUAAUUUUAUGGUUUUAUCCUAUAAAAAACGCUUCCAAACUCCAACUAUUUAGUCAAAGAUGUCGUUCGUACCUAUUUGAUGUGGCCCCUAACACCAAACGUUUGCUAGGCACGACUGUUACACUUGGCAUCAAGCAGAGCCUCGUCUCACUGGGUUGCCGCUACGUGCUUCAGAAUAAACCAGAGAGAGAGAGAGAGAGAGGCGCACGAGAGACACAGGGAGUCAGAAGCCAAUUCUCACAGAUGGAUCGAUAUCAGAGGGUGGAGAAGCCGAAGGAGGGAACCCCUAUAAACGAGAACGAGAUGAGGAUUACUACUCAAGGCCGCAUGAGGAAUUACAUUACCUAUGCUACGACUUUGCUCCAGGAGAAGGAUUCUAAUGAAAUUGUCCUGAAGGCAAUGGGUAGGGCCAUCAAUAAGACUGUUAUGAUUGCGGAACUAAUUAAGAGAAGGAUUGCGGAUCUUCAUCAGGACACAUCAAUUGGAUCAACUGAUAUAACUGACGUGUGGGAGCCACUUGAAGAAGGCCUUCUCCCCCUUGAAACUACCCGCCAUGUUUCAAUGAUCAUAAUCACUUUGUCAAAGAAGGAGCUUGAUACAUCCUCCACAGGGUACCAGCCUCCAAUCCCAGUUGAUCAAGUGAAACCAUUGAAUGACUUUGAAUAUGAUGGAGAGGGCUUGCCUAGCAUGCGAGGCAGGGGACGUGGUGGUCGAGGAAGGAGUAGGGGUAGAGGCAAUUAUAAUGGUGCAGUAGACUAUAAUGGUGAAUAUUGGGAUGGUGGGCAUUCUUAUGGUGCCAGAGGUCGAGGCCGUGGAAGGGCUCGUGGUUUUUGGGGGUGGGGAAGGGGCUAUGGCGGUAGAGAUUCGCAACAUCAGCAAGGUGGUUACUAUGAUUAUGGUGAAGCAGAACCACUGCCUGCCCAAGUUCGCGGGCGUGGCCGUGGACGAGGAAGGGCCUGGGGGCGGGGUCGUGGUCGUGGUCGUAAUUACAGAUCAGAUGGUCCAGUCUAAGCAGCAGCUGUUUUAGGAGGUCAAGCCUUUAGGUGCAAUGUAUGGUUUGGCUGGAAAACAAUUAUGGAUGUUUGCUUACCAGGAAAAUAUAUGCAUGCCUGCUCUGCUUCUGUGCUCUGUUUUUAUUUGUAUGGGCAUCAUUUUAUGAUAUUUAUGUUCUGAGGCUUUGCAGCUGUGUUGCAUGCAAGCUCUGUGUUUUUGUUGGUAGGGUAGCAAGUUAGGUUAUAUGUUGAUUUAAUUACUGACCAAGUUCUUUCAACUUGGCAAAUGCUUGUACAAUUUUUCUCCCCCUUAAUCACAGGAAUAGUAGAGCAGUACAUUCUUUUAUUCUUACAA